AGUCGGAGCAGCCGGCGGCAGCACAGCGGUGGCGUCCGCUUGCCCCGUUCGGUCGGGGAGUAAAGGCCAGUCUCGCCCUCGGCUCUUCCGAAUCGCGUGUUUGGCUAAUAGUAGUCUGUGGUCUCUCUCCAGGACGCAAUGGAUGCUGAAGGGGGCUGUAACGGAAGAUCAGGGAAGUUGAAACCGAACAAGAAAAGUAAAAAAGAUGAGAAGAAAGAAAAGAAACCAACUGUCAGUACAUUUGCAAUGUUUCGCUAUUCAGAUUGGCUUGAUAAGUUGUAUAUGUUGCUGGGGACUUUGGCUGCCGUCAUUCAUGGAGCUGCACUUCCCCUCAUGAUGCUGGUUUUUGGAGACAUGACGGAUAGCUUUUCAGACCUAGGAAGUUUCAUAAACACGGCUAAUCAAACUAAUUUCAGCACUGGAGAUAUCCCCAUCAAUAUAGAGGAGGAGAUGACCACGUAUGCCUACUAUUACAGUGGAAUUGGUGCUGGUGUGCUUGUUGCUGCCUACAUUCAGGUUUCAUUUUGGUGCCUGGCAGCUGGAAGACAAAUAUACAAAAUUAGAAAACAAUUUUUUCAUGCUGUUAUGCGACAGGAGAUAGGCUGGUUUGAUGUGCAUGAUGUUGGGGAGCUUAACACCCGGCUCACAGAUGAUGUCUCCAAAAUUAAUGAAGGAAUUGGUGAUAAAAUUGGAAUGUUCUUUCAGUCAACAGCUACGUUUUGCACUGGUUUUAUAGUAGGAUUUACACGUGGUUGGAAGCUAACCCUUGUGAUUUUGGCCAUCAGUCCUGUUCUUGGACUUUCAGCUGCUAUCUGGGCAAAGAUAUUAUCUACAUUUACUGAUAAAGAACUCUUGGCAUAUGCAAAAGCUGGAGCAGUAGCUGAAGAGGUCUUAGCAGCAGUUAGAACUGUGAUGGCAUUUGGAGGACAAAAGAAAGAACUUGAAAGGUACAACAAAAAUUUAGAAGAAGCUAAAAGAAUUGGGAUAAAGAAAGCUAUUACAGCCAAUAUUUCUAUGGGUGCUGCUUUCCUGCUGAUCUAUGCAUCAUAUGCUCUGGCAUUCUGGUAUGGGACCACGUUGGUCCUCUCAAAGGAAUAUUCUAUUGGACAAGUACUCACUGUUUUCUUUUCUGUAUUGAUUGGAGCAUUUAGUGUUGGACAGACCUCUCCAAGCAUUGAAGCAUUUGCAAAUGCAAGAGGAGCAGCUUAUGAAAUCUUCAAGAUCAUUGAUAAUAAGCCAAGCAUUGACAGCUAUUCGAAGAAUGGGCACAAACCAGAUGAUAUGAAAGGAAAUUUGGAAUUCAGAAAUGUUCACUUCAGUUACCCUUCUCGAAAAGAAGUUAAGAUCUUGAAGGGCCUCAACCUGAAGGUUCAGAGUGGGCAGACUGUGGCCCUGGUUGGGAACAGUGGCUGUGGGAAAAGCACCACGGUCCAGCUAAUACAGAGGCUCUAUGACCCCACAGAGGGCACGAUCAGUAUUGAUGGACAGGACAUUAGGACCUUAAAUGUAAGGUAUCUGCGGGAAAUUACUGGUGUGGUGAGUCAGGAACCUGUGUUAUUUGCCACCACAAUAGCUGAAAACAUUCGCUAUGGCCGUGAAGAUGUCACCAUGGAUGAAAUUGAGAAAGCUGUCAAGGAAGCCAAUGCCUAUGACUUUAUCAUGAAACUGCCUCAGAAAUUUGACACCCUGGUUGGGGAGAGAGGGGCCCAACUUAGUGGAGGACAGAAACAGAGAAUCGCCAUUGCGAGAGCCCUGAUUCGCAACCCCAAGAUUCUCCUGCUCGACGAGGCCACGUCGGCCUUGGACACGGAGAGUGAAGCAGUGGUUCAGGUGGCUCUGGAUAAGGCCAGAAAAGGGCGAACUACUGUUGUGAUAGCUCAUCGUUUGUCUACAGUUCGUAAUGCUGAUGUCAUUGCUGGUUUUGACGAUGGGGUCAUUGUGGAGGAAGGAAAUCAUGAUGAACUCAUGAAAGAAAAAGGCAUUUACUUCAAACUUGUUACAAUGCAGACAAGAGGAAAUGAAAUUGAAAUAGCAGGUGCAACUAAUGAAUACAAAAGUGAAAGUGAUGCUUUGGAAAUGUCUCCAAAAGAUUCAAGAUCCAGUGUAAUAAGAAGAAGAUCAACUCACAAGAGCAUCUGUGCACCACAAGGCGAAGACAGAAACCUUAGUACAAAAGGGGACCUGGAUGAAAAUGUACCACCAGUUUCCUUUUGGAGGAUCCUGAAGCUGAAUCUAACUGAGUGGCCUUAUUUUGUAGUUGGUGUAUUUUGUGCCAUUAUAAAUGGAGGUCUCCAACCAGCAUUUGCAGUAAUAUUUUCAAGGAUUAUUGGAGUUUUUACAAGAAAUGAUGAUGAUGAAACCAAACGACAGAACAGUAACUUAUUUUCACUGUUGUUCCUAGUCCUUGGAAUUAUUUCUUUUAUUACAUUUUUCCUUCAGGGCUUCACAUUUGGCAAAGCUGGAGAGAUCCUCACCAAGCGGCUCCGAUACAUGGUUUUCAGAUCCAUGCUGAGACAGGAUGUGAGCUGGUUUGAUGACCCUAAAAACACCACAGGAGCAUUGACCACCAGGCUCGCCAGUGAUGCUGCUCAAGUUAAAGGGGCUAUAGGUUCCAGGCUUGCUGUAAUUACCCAGAAUGUAGCAAAUCUUGGAACAGGCAUUAUUAUAUCCUUAAUCUAUGGCUGGCACUUAACACUUUUACUCUUGGCAAUUGUGCCCAUCAUUGCAGUAGCAGGAGUUAUUGAAAUGAAAAUGUUGUCUGGACAAGCACUGAAAGAUAAGAAAGAACUAGAAGGUGCUGGGAAGAUUGCUACUGAAGCAAUAGAUAACUUCCGAACUGUUGUUUCUCUGACUCGGGAGGAAAAGUUUGAAUAUAUGUAUGGACAGAGUUUGCAGGUACCAUACAGGAACUCUUUGAGGAAAGCACAGAUCUUUGGCAUCACAUUUUCCCUCACCCAGGCAAUAAUGUAUUUUUCCUAUGCUGGCUGUUUCCGGUUUGGUGCCUAUUUGGUGGCACAUAAUUUCAUGACCUAUGAGAAUGUUCUUUUGGUGUUUUCAGCUGUUGUCUUUGGUGCUAUGGCAGUUGGGCAAGUCAGUUCCUUUGCUCCUGACUAUGCCAAAGCCAAAGUGUCAGCAGCCCGCAUCAUCAUGAUCAUUGAAAAAAUCCCUGUAAUUGACAGCUAUAGCACAGAAGGCCUGAAGCCAAAUACGUUAGAAGGAAACGUGACAUUUAAUGAAGUUGUGUUCAACUAUCCCACUCGGCCAGACAUCCCAGUGCUUCAGGGGCUGAGCCUCAAGGUGAAGAAGGGCCAGACGCUGGCUCUGGUAGGCAGCAGUGGAUGUGGGAAGAGCACGGUGGUCCAGCUCAUUGAGCGGUUCUACGACCCCUUGGGUGGAAAAGUGCUUAUUGAUGGUGAAGAAAUAAAGCAUCUGAAUGUGCAGUGGCUCCGAGCUCACCUGGGCAUUGUAUCUCAGGAGCCCAUCCUGUUUGACUGCAGCAUUGGCGAGAACAUCGCCUAUGGAGACAAUAGCCGGACCGUGUCACAGGAGGAGAUUGUGCAGGCAGCUAAGGAGGCCAACAUACACCCCUUCAUCGAGUCGUUACCUGAUAAAUAUAACACCAGAGUAGGAGACAAAGGAUCUCAGCUCUCUGGUGGCCAGAAACAGCGAAUUGCCAUAGCUCGUGCCCUUGUUAGACAGCCUUGUAUUUUGCUUUUGGAUGAAGCUACAUCAGCUCUGGAUACAGAAAGUGAAAAGGUUGUCCAAGAAGCCUUGGACAAAGCCAGAGAAGGCCGCACCUGCAUUGUGAUCGCUCACCGCCUCUCCACCAUCCAGAAUGCAGACUUAAUAGUGGUGUUUGAGAAUGGCAAAAUCAAGGAGCAUGGCACGCACCAACAGCUGCUGGCACAGAAAGGCAUUUAUUUUUCAAUGGUCAAUGUUCAGGCUGGAGCAAAGCGUUUGUGAACUGUGACCACAUGAAAUGUUAAUAUUUUCUAAUAUUUGCAUUUAAAUAUGGCAUUUAAUCAAAGUUAAAAAGCAAGUACUACUUGGAAAAAUUACAUAGUUACCUGUUUAACAUUCCUGCCACAACUGAAGAUGAUUUCACCAAGUUGUGAGUCUUCAGAGACUUCAUAGUUAAAGGAACAGAAAGAGAAUCAUCAUCAAAUAAGGGUUUAAUUGCAUUUUAAAAUGUAUAAAAUAAAUCAAACUAGAGUUUUAAAAAAAUAAAGUUAAUUUUGUUUAUAUUUUCUUAUUUGGACUAUAACUGACGACCUUGCUAAAUGAUUAGAAGUAGCAAAAAGUACUGAAAUCUUUGCAUAUAAGCGCCUGUAAUAAAACUUUAAUAUGACUGGAGUCAUCUUGUCCAAAAUGCUUGUGAAUAUAUCAUUUCCCAGUGGGAAUAUUGCAGAUCAUUUAUG